GUAUAUUGUAUUGAUCGAGAAGAUUGUGAAUUGGUGAAAUUUAGGGGGUAUGAUGACGUCUUCUACUAGUGAGAAGCCAUUAGUGGAGUUGACGAAGGGCGUUAAUGGCCUUGAAAAAGUGAUUCUCCGGGAGGUUCGCGGCAGUUCUGCCGAGGUGUAUCUCUAUGGCGGUCAGGUGACGUCUUGGAAGAAUGAUCUCAGAGAGGAAUUGCUCUUUGUUAGUAGCAAGGCCAUCUUCAAGCCUCCAAAAGCAAUUCGUGGGGGUAUUCCUAUAUGUUUCCCACAGUUCGCAAAUCGUGGCCCUCUUGAGUCGCAUGGAUUUGCCCGAAACAGGUUUUGGAGCAUUGACAAAGAUCCACCUCCAUUUCCUGCAUCUACUUCUUCUAGGGCUUUUGUUGACUUGAUACUGAAACCGUCUGAGGAGGACUUGAAAAUUUGGCCUCACAGUUUUGAGUUUCGGCUGCGGGUAGCUUUGAGUCCUGCUGGAGAUUUGAUGUUGACGUCUCGUAUUAGAAACACCAGCACUGAUGGAAAGCCUUUUGCAUUUACAUUUGCGUAUCACACCUACUUCUCUGUUUCAGACAUCAGGUAUGGUUACCCUGUGGUUUUAUCAUUUUCUUCUUGUUUCCUCCGAAUCCUAGGAAGUUCACAAACUAUUUUCCAUACACCUCUUGUUUCUUUCGCUCCAAAUAGUCCACCAUAUACAAGAGGGUAUCAUGUUCCACCAUUUCUUCUGGCUCUUACUCCCCCCUCUUCUCACCCAGCAACUAAGAAGGUGGACAAAAUAUAUCUCAGUACCCCCACAAAAAUUGCGAUCCUGGAUCAUGAAAAGAAACGGACAUUUGUUAUUCGUAAGGAUGGGUUACCGGAUGCAGUUGUGUGGAACCCUUGGGACAAGAGGGCAAAGGCCAUAGCUGAUUUUGGAGAUGAGGAAUACAAGCACAUGCUGUGUGUUGAGGCUGCUGCAGUGGAAAAGCCUAUCACUUUGAAACCUGGUGAAGAGUGGAGAGGAAGACAGGAACUUUCUGCUGUUCCUUCAAGUUAUUGCAGUGGCCAGCUUGACCCAAAGAGAGUUCUCCUUGGCAGCUGAGAAAAGCUUUUUACUGGUUUAUAUUGUGUACAGGUGCUUUGUUGCAAUUUAUGGUUGGAGUGCAACAAUGACCUCUGCCAAAGACCCUUUACUCUUGUCCUAUUUUAUAUUUUCUAUACCUUGGGUUGGAAGGUGAACUUCUUGAGUAGCCAAGUUGUUGAAUAAUACUUCGGUUAAUGGUCAUCUAAUAUUUUGGUAUGAUCUCAGUUUAAGGAAGGCGCAUGGUCUAAGGACUGUCAAAAGAAUCAUAACUGUUGUCAUAAACAAGUAUAAUAUGAAUCUUCUGCCACACUAGUAUACUGUGGGUCAAAAUGCCUUUUUUUUGGGCACUUGAGGUUCCACAGAAGUUGAUCCAAGUUCUGAAAAUGUAUAUAUAGAUCUCAACUGGUUAUUAUGUUUCCUCUAUUACCCUUGUUUGUUUGGAUCUUAUGUGAUUGCACUCUACUUUGCGAA